AAAACUGGAAGCCUCCAGGCUGCAGGGAGAAAGUAGUUUCGGUGCCCAAGCUCCAAGAUGCUCCCUCUAGCGUCUCGCGCGCUCACAGCUUCAUCCCGCCCUCGCCGAGGCCGGGCGACCUAAGGCCACCUUCCCGAGCAAGCCUGCGGAGCUACCAAUCCAGUCCCGCCCGCCUCUGCAGGGCCUGGGUUGGAGCUCUCUGCACCCGAGUCAGCCCCCCCUUUGCUUCCUCCUCGCCCAUUGGCCCCGGGGAGAUGGAGGAGUCUUCUUUUCUUUUCUUUUCUUUUUUUUUUAACGAUUGGGCGGGUCCAAUCAAGGGAGGGUCGGGUCUUUGAUGCCUUUUUUUGCCCGCUUCCAAGAUGGCGCCCACGACCACGCUGAGAAUGCAGCGUGAAGCCGCAGUUCUGCCAUCACUCAAGAUGGCUGCCCCCAUCAAGAUGACCGGGGUGUGCCGGGGGAAAAGGGGCAGCAUGACAGUCUGAGACGGUCUAGCAUCGGACCAUGUGGAAGUAUCUGGGACUGGGGAGUCGGAGGAUGCGGGGUGGGGCCCGAGGGGGGUAGAGGGAGCAAUAGCGUCCUUUCUCAGGCUAACCCCGGCCCCUCCCGUGACCCCUGGACGGAGAUGGGGAACACACUGGGCCUGGCACCGAUGGGGGCUUUGCCCCGCCGGAGCCCCCGUCGCGAGGAGCCUCUGCCCAACCCUGGGAGCUUCGACGAGCUGCACCGGCUUUGCAAAGAUGUGUUCCCAGCACAGAUGGAGGGAGUAAAGCUCGUGGUCAACAAGGUUCUGAGCAGCCAUUUCCAGGUGGCUCACACCGUGCACAUGAGUGCCCUGGGCCUGCCAGGCUACCACCUCCAUGCGGCUUAUGCAGGGGACUGGCAACUCAGCCCCACCGAGGUGUUCCCCACCGUGGUCGGGGAUAUGGACAGCAGCGGCAGCCUCAACGCCCAGGUCCUGCUCCUCUUGGCAGAGCGGCUCCGAGCCAAGGCUGUCUUCCAGACGCAGCAGGCCAAGUUCCUGACGUGGCAGUUCGAUGGCGAGUACCGGGGAGACGACUACACAGCCACCCUGACCCUGGGGAAUCCUGACCUCAUUGGGGAGUCGGUGAUCAUGGUCGCUCACUUCCUGCAGAGCCUCACCCAUCGGCUGGUGCUGGGAGGAGAGCUGGUUUAUCACCGGCGGCCGGGCGAAGAGGGGGCCAUCCUGACACUGGCUGGGAAGUACUCGGCUGUCCACUGGGUGGCCACGUUGAACGUGGGUUCAGGUGGGGCCCACGCGAGUUAUUACCACAGGGCCAACGAACAGGUGCAGGUUGGAGUGGAGUUUGAGGCAAACACAAGGCUGCAAGACACAACCUUCUCCUUUGGUUACCACCUGACUCUGCCCCAGGCCAACAUGGUGUUUCGAGGCCUGGUGGACAGUAACUGGUGUGUGGGUGCUGUGCUGGAGAAGAAGAUGCCCCCCUUGCCCGUCACCCUAGCCCUCGGAGCCUUCCUCAAUCACUGGCGCAACAGAUUCCACUGUGGCUUCAGCAUCACUGUGGGCUGAGGUGGCCCCAGAGCCAGCCCCCACAGACGCUGGAACCUCUGAGUCAGGUGCCCUAGGGCCAGAGACUAGGCCCCUCUCCAGAGCCCACCUUGCUGGGUGACCCCUCGGUCCCAGGAGCAGAGUGGGGGACAGGACCGUGCCCUCCUCAGAACUGGAGCUGCCACGGGGGCAGCUGCUGAGGCCGUGGUGUGAGGCUCCCACCUCCGCCACCGGCCCCAGGGUCCUCUUCCCGUGCUCUUGUGGCUCUGGACGAAGGGAAGAAAGAUUAAGGGGUAUGUCUGGCCGACUUUUCCCCCCUCUUCUCCCCCUUCUUCGUUUCCCUGUGGAUUAAAGCUCCUAGCUUCUUCCUCUUCA